GGCAGACUCUCCCCUAAGCGAUGGGGGUAGCGGGACUCUUCGGAAGAUGAUCAACUUUGUACGUCGCAGCGACUGCCACAUCAUUCCGUUAAUGAACUACAAAAUGGUCACGGUUUUGGUACUUUUAAGUGCUCUAGCGACAUGCAUGAGCGCACCACCACGAUGUGCACCAGAGGAGGAAGCAUUAGGAAGAUGCAGAAAACCUGCAGAAGAGAGACCGCAGUGUAUAAAUAUGGUGCUCGGCUACUGCCAGGACGUGCCCUACAGUUCCACCUCAUUCCCCAACAUUGUGGGCCACCGUUCACGUGAGGAAUUAGAGAUGGGUGCAGAGUACCUACUCUUAAGUGUGAUCCAUGGGCUGCUGAAAGGGGAGUGUUGUCCAGACAUCCGUCUGCUAGGCUGCUCAGUGUUGGCUCCCCGCUGUCAAGACAACAGACUUAUGAAGCCGUGCCGUAGCUCAUGUGAGAUGUUGAAAAAGAGUUGUGUUCAUGCCUUUGAAGCCAUCGAAAUGGCAUGGCCAUACUUUUUGGACUGUGACCGAUUCUUUGUUGGUGACGAGGAGGGUUGUUAUGACCCACUGUCAGAGCUGAGAGUAAAGCAGGAGGUGGCUUUGGCCAACAUAUCUGAUGGUGGUCUUUCCACUGUCCUCCAGUUCACUUACCACACAAACUCUCAGAUGUUCAGUAUCCUGAAGAAGACAGCAGCUAAAUGCCCCCAUAUCUCACGCACAUACAGCAUUGGACGCAGUGUGGAGGGCAAAGACUUACUGGUUAUUGAAUUCUCCACUAACCCUGGACAACACGACCUAUUGGAGCCCGAGAUGAAAUUAAUUGGGAACAUGCAUGGAAAUGAGGUGCUGGGCAGGCAGCUGUUGAUCUAUCUGGUUCAGUAUCUGUGCUCUGAGUAUCUGCUUGGGAACGAGCGGAUUCAGACCAUCAUCAACACCACACGCAUCCAUAUACUGCCCUCCAUGAAUCCCGAUGGCUAUGAGAUUGCUGCCUCUGAGGUAGCCGACAGGAACGACCCUGAAAACAUCUAUCAGGAAGGCCAUGAGUACAAUGCAUGGACCAGUGGCAGGGCCAAUGCCCAGAAUAUUGAUCUGAACCGCAACUUCCCUGACCUCACCUCCAUCUUCUACAAUCGCCGUCGCUUCAGGCAUUUCCGUAGUGACCACAUCCCUAUCCCUGACUCCUAUUGGUUAAAUAAGGUGAUUGCACCUGAGACCUAUGCUAUAAUGAAAUGGAUAAGAUCCAAUCCUUUUGUUAUAUCUGCUAGUCUGCAUGGAGGAGAACUGGUUAUCUCAUAUCCUUUUGACUUCUCAAGACCCCCCCACGAAUACAGGAUGCACUCACCCACACCUGAUGAACUAAUUUUUAGGCAGCUGGCUAGGAUAUAUGCAGAUUCACAUGCCACUAUGUCCAACAAUGACACAGAGCGAUGCGGAGCCUCAUUUGCCAAUAAAGGAGGGAUAACCAAUGGAGCACAGUGGUAUAGCUUUGCUGGAGGGAUGUCAGACUUUAACUACCUGCACAGCAACUGUUAUGAGAUCACCGUGGAGUUGGGCUGUGAUAAAUUCCCUUCUGAGGAGGCGCUCUACCCUGAAUGGCUCCGGAAUAAGGAGGCACUUCUCAGCUUCAUGGAGUCUGUCCACAGAGGUAUAAAGGGCAUUGUGAGUGAUGAACACGGAAAUGGCAUUAAAGGAGCCACAAUAUCUAUUAAGGGAAUGCGGCAUGACAUCACUACAGCCGAAGAUGGUGAUUACUGGAGAUUGUUGAAUCCAGGUAUCAACAUUGUGACCGCAGCUGCCUCUGGCUACUCUAAAGUAACCAAGCGCAUUAACUUGCCAAGAAACGUGCAGGUUGGCCGGGUAGAUUUUGUGCUGAAGAAACUCCCACGAGAACCCUCUCUUGACUACUUCAACAUCCCUGAACUGGACAACUAUGAGCGUUUCGACCCAUUUAAUCAGUUUGAGCAGUACAGCCAGAGGGUGCUUGGUGAGAAUGGAGAGGAGAGGACUGAGAAGCCAUGGUGGUGGGCUUAUUUCAGCCAGUCAGGAAUAUCUGCACCUACCUGGCUUCUGCGUAACUACUAAGGCCCCUCAGGACACUACAGGAGAGUAACCCGAUCUCAAAUAUUUUGCACCCAAGCCCUACUUGAUGAUUUUCAUCAUGAUGGUAACAUUAACUUCACUUGACAUACAGUACAAGAUGUGCAGCUUGCCACUGAGCAUGGUGAAGGUAUUAUUGCCUUCCAGUAUAUACUGUCUUACUGUAAGAAUCAGACUGGCAUCAUAGUAACAUAAUUCUGCCAUAAAAGUAAGCAAAAGUACCUUUCUAUUUUAAUUUGACAUCACCAGAUCACAAAACCCCAAAUUAAGUUAUAAACAGCAUAUUCUGAUAAAGUUUGGCAGCUCGAAAACGGUUGGCUGUAAAAUGAUAAAUGAUAGCUUUGCUGUGGCUUUUGUAGUCUCUUCUUAUCAGGGUGCAUUUGUAUAUUUUUCAAGCACAUUAAGUAUAAUCAGGACAUAAUAUUUGAGGCUGUCAUUAAAGGGAUAGUUCACCAAAAAAUGAAAAUUCUCUCAUUAUUUACUCACCCUCAUGAUAUCCCAGGUGUGUAAGACUUUCUCUCUUCACCAGAACACAUUUGAAGCAAAAAUAGAAAAAUAUCUAAGCUCAGUAGGUCCUUAAAAUGCAAAUGAAUGGUGAUUUCACUUUUGAAGCUCCAAAAAUCACAGACAGCCAGCAUAAACUUCAUCCAUUCACCAGCUGUAAAAUUUAUGUCUUCUAAUAUGACAUGAUCGCUUUUGGUGUGAAAAACAUAAGUAUGUAAGUACUUUCCGGUGAGCAGUGGUACGCACACGUGACGUAAUCGCAUUGGCAUUUGAAACACACGGGAAGGAAAACUGAUGGAAGUGCAUCACAGCUGGAAGAGCAGCGCUGUUUACAUGUGAGAAGGAGGAACGCUGUUGGUUGGUUUUGGUUUAGAUAUGUAUUGAUCUGUUUCUUUACUCACAAUGGUGUGUGCUCAUCCUGCAUGUUUCAGCCGAGUGGAGAACGUGAGAUUACAUCUGUAUCCAUGGCAACGUGAAUAUAUCACUCAAGAGACUGCUUGGUCUCCACGCUGUCGUGAAGCAUUGGAUUAUAAUAAAAAAGUACUUAAAUAUUGAUAUUUUUUGCAACAAAAGUGAGACAUCCAUUUAACUGCUGCAGUCUUUUCGGUGAUGUUUAUGCUGACUGUGAUUUUUGAAGCUUCAUAUGAGAAAUCUCCAUUCACUUGCAUUUUAAGGACCUACUGAGCUAAGCUAUUUUUCAAUUUUUUGCUUCAAAUGUGUUCUGAGGAAGAGAGAAAGUCAUACAGAGAUGGGAUAACAUGAGGGUGAAUAAAUAAUGAGAAUUUAAUGAUAAUUUUUGGGUGAACUAUCCCUUUAAGUUUUAGAAGAACUGUUCAUUUUAAUUAAACCAGCAAUUUUGUAUUGCCCUUUAAACACGAAGAACUGAAUGUCCACUAGUUUGCAAGAGGUAAAUAAAAGAACAAACUUUCAACUUCAGUGAAAUUUCUGAUUUUCUUUAUUGUUUUUACAUUCUUUCUAUUCUAUUAGUAUUAGAGUUUUAUCACCUCCAAUAUUUGAGAUAGGGCAAGCAAAUGCUGUGCAAAUCAAGGAAUACAAUUUUAAAA